GGCCUGAGGAGGCAGCCCGAAUUGACAGUUUUUUUUUUCUUUACCUUUCGGAUCAAGUUGUGAAGAAGUUGAUGAGGUGGACAUCUCCCAGCUUUUCUGCAUAUUCGCAUCCAUCUACCAAAGAACCAUAAUCCAGUUUGAGAACGCCAAAGGAUCCACUCUCUUAGUGGAGGUCCACCAUGGGCAAAACCGGACAGAGUACGGUAGACUUGAACUCACCGAGUGAUGUCAAGCAAGCGGUUCCUUUUGAGGAAAUGGAGCUUGCGGCACCACUUGCGGACCAAGAGAAGCAAAAAGAGGAGCCACCUGACCGAGGAAGCUGGAAGGGCAAGUUUGACUUCCUGCUUUCCUGCGUGGGGUACGCCAUUGGUUUAGGGAAUGUCUGGAGGUUCCCGUAUUUGUGCGGCAAGAAUGGCGGAGGAGCAUUCCUGAUCCCGUACUUUAUGACUCUGGUGUUUGCUGGGAUACCACUCUUUCUACUGGAGACGUCUCUUGGACAGUUCACCUCAGUUGGAGGUCUCGGGGUGUGGAAGCUCUUGCCGAUGAUGAAAGGUGUUGGUCUGGCCGCAGUGGUGCUAUCCUUCUGGCUCAACAUCUACUACAUUAUCAUCAUAGCCUGGGCCCUCUACUACUUGUUCAACUCCUUCGGCUCGGAGCUGCCCUGGCAAAACUGUGACAAUCCCUGGAACACAGAUAAGUGUUUCUGCAACUACAGCCUGAAGGACACCACAAACCUGACUAGUGCUGUUACAGAGUUUUGGGAGCGUAACAUGCACCAGUUGUCCGGUGGUCUGGAGGAACCCGGGGAACUUCGUUGGCCCCUGGUGGGCACCCUGGCACUCGCAUGGGUUCUCGUCUAUUUCUCAAUCUGGAAGGGAGUGGAGUGGACUGGGAAGGUGGUGUACUUCUCAGCUACCUAUCCCUACUUUAUGCUCUUCAUCCUGUUCUUCCGUGGGGUCACCCUCCCUGGAGCCAUCGACGGCAUCCGCUUCUACAUCACCCCAGAUUUCAAUAAGCUCACUCGCUCAGAGGUGUGGCUGGACGCCGCCACCCAAAUCUUCUUCUCCUACGGCCUAGGCCUGGGCUCGCUCAUUGCACUGGGCAGCUACAAUAGCUACAAUAACGACGUCUACAAGGACUCCAUCAUCGUGUGUUGCAUCAACUCCUUUACCAGCAUGUUCGCCGGCUUUGUCAUCUUCUCUAUCGUGGGCUUCAUGUCGCACAUCACUAAGAAGCCUGUACAGGAGCUAGCAGCUUCGGGCCCUGGCUUGGCGUUUUUGGCAUACCCCCAGGCAGUCACGCAGCUACCAAUGUCGUCCCUGUGGGCCAUCCUCUUCUUCUCCAUGCUCAUGAUGCUGGGCUUGGACAGCCAGUUCUGCACAGUGGAAGGUUUCAUCACAGCUCUGAUGGAUGAGUAUCCAUUAGUGUUAAGGAAGAGGAAGAAGGUUUUCAUCUUGAUCGUCUGCUUCGUGUCCUUCAUCAUCGGGUUCUCCAAUAUCACACAGGGUGGCCUGUAUGUGUUUAAGCUGUUUGAUUAUUACUCAGCCAGCGGAAUGUGCCUACUCUAUCUUGUCUUCUUCGAGACCGUCUCCAUCGCCUGGCUUUAUGGAGCCGAGAGGUUCUACAACGACAUCGAGGACAUGAUCGGCUACCGACCCUGCAUUUGGUGGAAGCUCUGUUGGAAGUUUUUCACGCCACUCAUCUGCCUGGGCGUGUUUACCUUCAGCGCUGUGGAGAUGACACCCCUGACUCUGGGCAAGUACGUGUACCCCGUGUGGGGCCAAACCAUCGGCUGGUUCAUGGCCUUGUCCUCCAUGGUGCUCAUCCCGGGCUACGUCAUCUAUAUGCUGUACACCACGCCGGGAUGCAUCAAGGAGCGCUGGAAGAGGAUGACGACGUCACAGCAAGACAAGCCAUCGGGUCACGAUGGGUUCAUGCAUACUGGGAAUGUUGGUGAAGCUCUCGUCUAGCCCCCCCCGUCCUCCUCUUGUGUUAUCCCUAGAAUAAUAAUCACGCUGUCAGGACAGAUUUAGUGAGAUUUGACACUUGGAUGUAACGACUUGCUGUGACAUUUUAAAGCUUUAAAAAGGGAAAUUUUGUCGAUAACUGUGAUUCUAGGCCAUCAUAUGGUAAUAAAAUCUUUUUUUUAAAAUUUGUGUAUAAUAGCGUAGGCCAUACAUUAUUGAUGACGAAAAAGCAAUACACACGUAUAAUGGAUUAAAACUGUUAGACACAUAUAUUCAAUUUAAAACUGAGUCUUCUGAAUAAUGUGGAACAAAGAAUGUGGUUUAAAAAAAUAAGGAUUUUUAGAUUCCUCAGGUGUACCUAAUAAAGUGUCCAGUGACAUUUGAAUACUCAACCUGCUGUUUAUAUAACAAAU